ACAAAAAACUAAACCUAUUUCCUUGUAAUAAUACUAGACCCUCUUUUUCUUUUCUUCUACUCAAAACAUGGGCAAGUUCAAGUUGGGUGCAUUUUGGUGUUCCCUGGUUAAGUUAAUAAGGCCAAGGAAUGCAUUACUAAUGGUGACAUUAUGGUGCACUAUCAUGUCUAUAAUGGUGUUUGUAUCAACAGCUGCCAAGACCAGACAUUUCGAAUGGGAGGUGGAGUACAUGUUUUGGGCCCCCGAUUGUGAGGAGCGGGUUGUAUUGGGUAUUAAUGGUCAGUUUCCAGGCCCAACCAUUCGGGCUUAUGUGGGUGAUACCAUUCAAGUUGAUCUUACUAACAAGCUUGGUACUGAAGGUGUUGUUAUUCAUUGGCAUGGAAUUAGACAGUUAGGGACACCAUGGGCAGAUGGUACUGCUUCAAUCUCUCAAUGUCCCAUUAAUCCUGGAGAGACUUUUACUUACAGAUUCAAAGUUGACAAGGUUGGAACAUAUUUUUACCAUGGACAUUAUGGGAUGCAAAGAUCAUCAGGACUAUAUGGUUCACUAAUAGUAGAAAAAAGUGAGGGAGAAAAUGAGCCUUUCCAUUAUGAUGGAGAAUUCAAUUUGUUAUUGAGUGAUUGGUGGCAUCAAAGUGCGCAUGACCAAGAACUUGGUCUCUCUUCCAAUCCUUUUCGAUGGAUUGGUGAACCUCAGACACUACUGAUCAAUGGAAGAGGACAAUACAAUUGUUCUUUGAAGCCAAAUUUUGGCAACUCAUCAUCGACUAAAUGCAAUUUCAAAGGGCAUGAGCAAUGUGCUCCUGAGCUGCUUUCUGUGUUACCAAACAAGACUUAUAGAAUCAGACUCGCAAGUACUACCGCUCUUGCUUCACUCAACUUUGCCAUUGGAAAUCACAAAAUGAUAGUAGUAGAAGCCGAUGGAAACUAUGUACAACCAUUCACAGUAGACAAUUUAGACAUUUACUCAGGAGAAAGCUACUCGGUAUUAAUAAACACAAACCAAGACCCUAAUCAAAAUUAUUGGAUUUCAAUUGGUGUUAGAGGAAGACAACCAAGAACUCCCCCAGCUCUCACUUUACUUCAUUACAAAACAACUUCUGCUUCAAACUUCCCUACAAAACCACCCCCAAUCACUCCCACAUGGAAUAACUACACUCACAGUAAAUCCUUCUCAAACAAAAUAUUUGCCCUAAUGGGAUCCCCAACACCCCCAAAAAAUUACAACCGUCGGAUCAUCCUCCUCAACACACAAAACAGAAUCAACGGUUACAUCAAAUGGGCUAUAAACAAUGUCUCAUUCGUAUUUCCUCCCACUCCUUACUUAGGUUCGAUUCGAUUCGGGCUUAAACGGACCUUCAACCAAAGCAACCCGCCCGAGAAUUACCCAUCAUCAUACGAUGUAAUGAAACAAGCCCCAAACCAGAAUGCCACGUUUGGAAACGGUGUUUAUAAGAUAAAGUACAAAAGUAUUAUUGACAUUGUAUUACAAAAUGCAAAUGCAUUAGCAGUAAAUGUAAGUGAAAUUCAUCCAUGGCAUUUACAUGGGCAUGAUUUUUGGGUGUUGGGUUAUGGAGAAGGGAAGUUUAGUGAAAAAGAUGAGGGAAAACUAAAUGUGAAGAAUCCUCCAUUAAGGAAUACAGUAGUGAUAUUUCCAUUUGGAUGGACUGUAAUAAGGUUUGUGGCUGAUAAUCCUGGUGCUUGGGCGUUUCAUUGUCAUAUAGAACCACAUUUGCAUAUGGGUAUGGGAGUGGUGUUUGCUUCAUCGGUUGAGAGAGUAAAGGGUAUUCCUAGUAAUGCUCUUUCUUGUGGGCUUACUGCUAAAAUGUUUUUGAAGAAGAAGACUCUGCCUUGAUAAUUAAGGCUAUUAAUUAAUCCUUAGUUUUCAUCUAUUUAUGUAUUAAGGGUUUUAGAUUGUUGGACUUAAACAUAAUAUUUUUUAUUAUUAUUAGCUUUACUUUGUCGUUGUAUUUUUCUAAAAUUUAAUAGGAGUAGUUAUAUACUUCUUUUAUAUUAGAAAAAAUUACUUU